CUUAAUCAUAAAUGUUAAAAACUCCUAGUCUUAAAUCCUAUUCCAACCCAAGUGAAAGGAAUCAAUCUGAACUAUACAUUAGAUGUUACAUCAAUAAGAUCAUCAAAUCAAAUUAACAACACCACACUUCGUUAUAUGAUGAAGACUAACUCGAUCAAAACUAAAAUAUCAAUAAUAUACUACUAUAUGAAGAUUAUAUCUAAAAUGUCAAUAAAAUAAUCUCAAAUCCACCUAAUUCAUAAUAUCUAAGCAAAUACUAUGUUCUAUCUGCAGAAAAUGAUACUAUUACAUUUAUUAGUGAAACCUCACCAGAAACUCUUAUAGAUCAUCUUAAAUUGAGACAUUAAAAUAAUGCUCCUAUGAAUGAAGAAGAAAUUGUCUAAUUAGCAUAUUCUAUUCUUAAUGCCUUAUUACAUAUCAAUAUUCUUUAUUUAAAUCCUACUUAUAUCAUCAAAAAAUGGAAAAUCAUCAAUUACUUCGAAUUAAUGGUAGAUCAAAACUCACUAUAAUUUUGGGAAAAAUAAGAUAAGUUAUACUUGGCAAAAGAAAUUGAAAAAUAUUUAGAAAUUAAAAAUAAUUAUUGUUAUGAUUCUAAUAAAUAAAGUGAAAAAAUACAUGCACCUAAAGCAUGUGUUUAUUCAUUAGGAGUCAUUUUAUCAAAAUGCAUCUAAUUCGAAUACAAAAAAGAAAAUAAUAACUUUUAGGAUAUUCUUCAAAAUUCUAUAUAUAGUUGGUCUUUAAGAGAUCUCAUUCAAUAAAUGAUAAUCGAGGAUGAAGAUUAAAGGGCUUCUAUUCAAGAUUUACUUUAAAAUCCUCUAUUCUACAACUAAAAAUAAAUUGAAAUGCAUCCUAAAUAAUAAAAUCAAAUGUCUUUAGCUGUUUUCUUUCAAUUUGUAAAAAAUAAGUUUUACAACUUAGAUUGGGCUGACUAAUUUUUUUCGGUUGAAGAAAUUAUCUAUAUUAGUGAUUUAAAGGAAGGUAUAUAUACUAUAGGUGAAUUGAAAUCUGAAAUCAAUAGUUAAAUAACUUAAAUCAUUUAGAAUUGUCCAAAUAAUAGUACAUUAGAAGAAUUAAUUGCUACUCUUAUUAAAAUGGCUAAUCCUGUUUAAUAAUAAGAAAAUCAAGUUGUCCAACAAAAAAAAUAAUAAUUUUUAUUCAGAAAAUGGUUUAAAAAAUAAGAGUAGAAAAGUGAAGAUAUGUAAGAAUAAGUACUUUUACCUUAAGAACCAACAUAUAUGGCAUAAGUACUUUUAUUAAAAUUGAUAUCAUAAGCCUCUGAAAAAGCCUUUUAAACAUUUAUUCCUAAAGUAAUUCAUUUUAUGGGAGGUUUAGGCUUAAUUUGGUAAAACAUUCGAAAAGCAUUUUGGCCAAGAGCUCUUGGUUUUGAAUCUUUGGAAGCCCAUAGAUAAAUAGUACAAUUGACACUUGAAUUAUGUGAAUAUUUAAAUCCUUAAAAAGAAUAAGACAUAAUUUAAUUAGAGAAAGAUUUGAAUAGAUCAAAAUUCAAUAAAAAAACAAAAGAUGCUAUAAGAAGCACAAUUCGAGGAUUUAUUAAUCAAUCUGUUUCUAAUUGUUAUAUAUAAGGGAUGGAAUCAAUUUCAUAUAUUCUGUUAGAAGCAUUCAAUUAUGAUUCUGAACUUAGUUCAAUAUGCUUAAAUGAGAUUUACAAAAAAAGGAUUGUAAACCUACCUCCAGAGAAUGAAUAGCUGGAAAUAAGUGAAUACUUUGGAUAAAAACUUUAAGAAAAGAUACUUCUUUAUAAUUGGACUCUUUAAUAUUUUGAUCCAGGAUUAAGCAAUCAUUUAAAGGAAAAUGAUUUUAAGUGCGAAACUCAUAUUAUAUAAUGGUUUAGCAUUUUCUAUGCAAGAGAAUUUAGUUUGGAGAAUGUACUUAAAAUAUAUGAUUAUAUUCUAAUUUCUGACGAAUCUUUUGAAAUUUUGUUAGCAUCUCAAAUUAUGCUAGAACUUAAAUCAACAUUUGAAAUUAAAGAUAAUUAGGGGAUGCUUGAUUGUUUGAAGAAUAUUUAAAGUAAUAUUCAAUUAGAUAUUUGUUUAUAAAACUCCCUUAAAUUAUCAAAUUAAUUACAUAAGACUUUUUUUAUUCUAACUCAUUAAGAUGAAGAUAUUUGUAAUUAGAUGAAAGAAGAAAAUGAAUAUUUAUAAGAAAGACCAUGGGAACAUCCUUUAACAUUUAAAUAAUUGUAGGAACAAUAGACAUUUUCUAUUUCUAUUCAUGAUUUUUAAUAAUUAUUAAGAGAACAAAAAUCAUCUUUCAAUGUUUUAUCUUUGGAUAUGAGAAGUGCUAAAGAAUUUGAAUAAGCAUGUAUUUCUGGUUCUCUGUUUGGUCAUUAUGAUAAAAAAAAAAUUAACAAUUUUCAGCUUUUAAAUUAUUUUGAACUAAGAGGACUCGUUGAAGAAUAAAAUAUAUAUUAUGUAGUAGUGGUUUAUGAUUCAGAGAAACAAAAUAUUAAAGAAAUUAUGGAUUAUUUACUAAAAUAACGAAUUAAACGUCUUGUUGUAUUAAAGGGAGGAAUUCAAGCUGCUCUAUUAGAUGGAUAGGAUAUAAUCAAAAGUAAAUAGAAAGCAGUCUUGCCUCCAUGGAUAAAAUUACAAAUUGAUGAAUUGAAGAAAAAAAAUAUUUAAUGAAAGAUUG